UAUACCAAUGUGAUUCUAUCAUCUUCUGGUCAACAAUAUGCAAUUUAAAUCUAUUUAAAUUAUAUUACAGUUUGAUGAUAGUCUAAGAUUAAGCUCUUUUAGAGAUUAAACUUAAUUUCAGUUAGUUAAAGCCUAAAAUCAAGGAAGCAAUCUCGUGAUUGUCUCAUGUUUAUAAAGUUGGCCACAAAAGGCAAAAUCAGAACUAAGAGGUGGAGCCAAAAAAUUAAACAAAGCAGAAAACGUAUCUCUCUCCACUGCUAUCUCUAUAUUUUUUUCCUCGAAACUACACAGGUGACUUGUAUCACACGUAAUACCGUCUUCCUUUUUAUUUGGAAUCGUUUGUUAACUACAAAAGUUUAUUAAUGUACCUGAAUACAAGAAACAUAUUUAAAAUAUGAAAAACGUUCAUAUGGUAGUGGUACCAAGUUUAUGGUUGAACUCUCGUCUUCUCUAGCCAUCGGGAAAGACGUCUUAAUCCAUAAACAAACAAAAAUACUCAACCUACGAUCCAAUUUUGUUUAGUAGAACUUAGUAGUUAGUACUAAAGAUUAUUUAUAAGCAUCAUCUAACUAAAAUAUGAUUUCAUCACUAUAAAUUUGUAUAAACCAAUGGUUAUGAGAAAUCUAAUAUCAAAGAGAGAAGGGGCCUUGUCAAAGAAGACAAUUGAUACUUCUACUUCUUAACGUGGGUCCGAAAACGUAACAUCUUUUUUGUCACUUCAUGUCUAGACAAUUGCAUCACUCCAAAUUAAAUCACCAUAACCAUUUUGGAUUCUGAAUAUUUGUUUUGGUCUCUUCUUCUUCUUUUCUCUAUUAAAGGAUCUAGAAACCCCUUCAUAACAAUGAGAAAGAAAGAGAGAGACAUAGAGGCCUCUCCUCAAAACUAUAAAACCUAAAAACUCCCUUUCUUUUUGUGAAACCCUGACCUGAGAAACCAAUCAACAACUCGGAAGAGAUGGAUUUAGAAGAUUGGGAAUUACUCCCCAACGAUCCCUACAAGGAUCUUGAUCAUGAAGAGGGUCGUGAGGCAGCCAUGAAGAUCAUUAGAAACACCCAAAAAAGCUUCGACAUGGAUUACUUCAUCUUCCCAACACAGGAUCCUGUCGGAAAAACAGAGUUCCAUCGGAUGUCAAGCGUGGUCCCCACGAAGCUCCUCCAAGUUCCCAUAACUUGGGAACCCGUGUACACCGUGGAGGACGUAGAUCACAAGAAGAACUUGGAACCGGAUCCGGAACUUUUGACGGACUCUGUUCCGUCGCCGAGAAUAACCUUCAAAACAGCGAAGGAAAACGAAUUUGUCGACAUGAAAAUAGACUUACCACUGAGGUUCACAAGUCCUCUGCCUCAGAACGAUGAGAAACAAUCUCUCUCAGGAGUGUUAGCAAAAGAGUACUAUGAUGAGAUGGGAACAAAGGUUGAAGAAGGCGGUGACGUGAGGAGCAAGAAAGGGGUUGAUUGGGAUGAAAAGAAGAACAUAUCUGGUGAAAAAAUGAAUCUGUGGAAGAUGAGUCUUAAUGGAAUUGGAGCUAUAUGUUCCUUUGGUGUUGCUGCUGCUGUUACCACCUUUUGUGUGUUCUUCCUUGGACAAAGCAAUAGCAUCCGAGGUUGUCGGAACAAGAAUAAGGUCCUCAGGUUCCGGAUUCACACUGAUGAUAAUAAGCGAAUAAACGAAGUAGUGAAGCAUGCAACAAAGAUAAAUGAAGCAAUCUCUGUGAUGAAAGGUCUUCCGGUGGCAAGAGCUCAGAUAUCUUUUGGAGGAUACUAUGAUGGACCCAUAUCCGUUUAGGGUAAUAAAUUAUAAAUUGAUCAGAACCAACGGGCUCUCUCUAUAUAGCAUGUAUAAUAUGAAUUUAGGAAAUUCAGUAAAUGAUGUUUUAUAAAUUCUACAUUAUUUUUUCUGAAUGCAUAAUAGUCAUAGUUUAUAUGAACGAUGAUAUGUACUUUUCACUUAAGGUUAAGUGUGUAAGAUAAUCUGAUGAUUUGUAUUUUUGAUU